AUCGAGACAAAAUACUUAUGGUGCGAAGUGUAGCCUAAUCUUAGUUCGAGCUAUAAUUGUAUGAUGUAAAUAAUCAUUUUUAAAUGUUAUUUUCUUCAUACCUUCUUCUUUAGCAAACCAUCUCAUCAUCAUCAAGUUCAAAAAUAAAUCGAAAAACCUUUGAUUUGUGAUUUAUUAAUUUUAUGUUGAUGUUCUUGCUCAAGUAAAAGUAAUACUUUCUUACUGCUGAGGCAAUACAGAACCAAGGGACAUCUUACAUUCAUUGGAGGUUGUUCUAAAGAAGUACUGACAUAUUCUGAGAUAUAUAAUACUUCAAAAAGCUUUAAAAUGAGAGUGUGUGCUGCAAGUUCAUGUAAGAGCAUCUCCGAAUUAAGUUCAGGGUUAACUUUUCAUCCUUUGCCCAAAGAUGAAUUUUUAAGGGAUCAAUGGAUUGACUUGCUUGGCAUAGAUGAUUCUAAGAUAACUGACCAAACUAGAGUGUGUUCUUUACAUUUUAAGCCAAAAGAUUUUGUAAAUUUCAAGAGAAACUUAAAGACUGGCUCGAUACCAUCACUUUAUCUCUCUAAGGAAAAGUCUGUUCCUAUAGUUGAUGAUAUUGCUAAAAAUAAUGACAACAGUAAUGAAUUUGAUGGUGAGGAGGAAAAGAAAGAAGAAAGUCUAUCUGCAACUGAUAAAGACUCAGCCAAGGAUGGCUCACAGAUUGUUACCUUACAAGUAAAAGAAGAGGAGAAACCAGUUAGAAGAGCAUCACGAAAGGCAGCUCUUCUUGCAGCUGAAAAAAUCCAACGAACUGUAAAGGAGUAUGGACUUGUUGAAGGAGUAAGGAGCCAGUCACCAGAACCCAGAAGAGAUUCCUCCAUUUCAAUGAGAAUGAAGCUCUCUCAAGAAUUUCACAUGGCACUGCUUAAAAAUGGUGCACCUAAAGUAGCACAGAAAAGCUCAUCUGGUAAGAGUAGUAUUAGAGUAGGGUACUCGUAUACAGGACAAAAUGAGCUUUAUAUGGAGUGCUUUGAAGAGGUGCUUUCUCCUGUACAAGUUGCUGCCUAUCAUCAAGCACAGCAAGAAUAUGAUAAGGUAAUGAAGUACAUUUUAUCUCGGAGGGCUUCCAAAAGUGAGAAAGUAAGAAUUAUAUACACAUCCCAUGAUGGGGAAGUGCUAAAUACUGUAGGAGAUUCAGAAAUUCGACUAACAAACCCAUCAACAAAUACAGGAAACAUUUGCCAGAAGAAUAUUACUGUUAUUUCAGAUACUGCUGCAGAAAGGUCUGAUCCUGUACAAAUGAAACUACAGAUGGAGACAGCAGAAGAACGAAGACGUCGUCAAAACCGAGAAAGACAACAAAGAUUUAGAGCUCAUCAAAGCACAGAAAAUGUAGCCAAAAGAAGGAGAUUAGAACGGGAACGUAUUUUAAGAAAAAUAAAAAAUGAGACUUGGGAGCAGACUGAAGAAAGACGACGGUUAGAUGCAGAAAGUCAUGCAAGAUGCAGAGCAUAUAGAAGAAACAUACAAAGACAAAUUACUACAAUUGAUAACACAUUUGAUGAAUCAGUAAUAGAACAACAGAGUUGUAGUACAAUGAACGUUGUUUGCAAGACUUAAUUCAUUAAAUUUUAAAACUGAAAGACAUUCAGAUGGAAAAUUCAUAAACUGCUGUUACAAGGGAAAAGUAACAAUGUCUCCAAGAUGAGAGUUCCUAAUGUACUUGAAUGAUGCGAUGAGUAACCCAAACAGUAGUCCUCUCUGUCAGAAUUUCAUUGUUUUCCUUUUAUGAUGAAGGGGGGAAGUUUGGUCGACAAAGCUUGGUGAAGGAAGGGCUGGGGCCCCUGGGUUCUUUUACAAAACUCCAACCCGUCAUCUUUUGACAGGUCAGGCAAAGCUAGUUGCAAAUAAAGUUGGAUACAGAAGCCUAUCCAUAAUAGGAUUAAAAUGGAACUGAGUUAACUAUAAGCUCAAUCUAUGAAUUAAUGUAGAACUGACUUCACUAUAAGCUCAAGCUAUAAAUUAAAGUAGAACUGAGUUAACUAUAAGCUCAAGCUAUAAAUUAAAGUAGAACUGAGUUAACUAUAAGUUCAAGCUAUAAAUUAAAGUAGAACUGAGUUCACUAUAAGCUCAAUCUAUAAAUUAAAGUAGAACUGAGUUCACUAUAAGCUCAAGCUAUAAAUUAAAGUAGAACUGAGUUCACUAUAAACUCAAGCUAUGAAUUAAAGUAGAGCUGAGUUAACUAUAAGCUCAUUCUAUAAAUUAAAGUAGAACUGAGUUAACUAUAAGCUCAAGCUAUAAAUUAAAGUAGAACUGAGUUAACUAUGAGUUCAAGCUAUAAAUUAAAGUAGAACUGAGUUAACUAUAAGCUCAAGCUAUAAAUUAAAGUAGAACUGAGUUCACUAUAAGCUCAAUCUAUAGAUUCAAGUAUAACUUAGUUCAUUAAACUCAAGCUAUAAAUUAAAGUAGAACUAAGUUCACCAUAAGCUAAAUCUAUAAAUUAAUGUAGAACUGGGUUCACCAUAA